AUGUCAAGGAUCAAUCCGAUGGACGUACUUGCUGUAAGGAAUGUUAUUUCACGAUACUGCGAGGCCUUAGACACAAAAGAUUUUACGCUCCUCGAGAGCGUUUUUACGCAAGAUGUCAGCGCAGAGUACCCGUUCAACUCAGAUCUGCAGGGGGUCAAAGCAGUCGCGACGGCAAUUAGAGCUCGUCUAGGGCCUGUUCGAACUCACCACAGUCUCACAACGCAAAGGAUCGUCUUUGAAGACACUGGCAAGGUCGCGCAUGCUGUCACUUAUUUUCAAGGUGCACAUUUUGGACAAGGACCACACGAGGGCAAGCUACUCUGUGCGUACGGAAGGUACAUUGAUGAUCUAGUGCUUCGUCAAGGUGGCGAUGAGGGCGUGCCUGGUGCAAGUGGCCUCUGGAGAAUUGAACGGCGGAAGGUAGCCUUCACUCAGCGAAUAGGAGACGAAAGGAUCAUGUCUGAGCAUGGUGAUUAG